UUUUUCAUAUUUAGUCAGCAAUCUCGAGUUUAAAAUCCUGAAAUACUAAUUUUUUUUUUCAUAGAAGUCUUGACUCUUUCUCUUUCACAGGAUACCUCAUUAAAAAAGUUCUGAAUGGUUGAAAAAUAAAACGGAUAAGAUGGAAACUCGAGGGACUCAGGCAAUGGAGAAAACCAUAGAAAAUGGGCAUAGGUCCAAUAGAGAAAGGAAAAUGGCAUUGAUACAAGAUGUUGACAAGUUGAAGAGGAAGCUUAGACUGGAAGAGAAUGUUCACAGAGUGUUAGAAAGAGCAUUUACAAGACCUUUGGGGUCCCUUCCUCGUCUUCCUCCUUAUCUCCCCCCACAUAUACUAAAGCUUGUGGCUGAAGUCGCAGUAUUGGAGGAGGAGGUGGUUAGACUAGAAGAAAAUGUUGUGAAUUUCAGCCAAGCUCUAUAUCAGGAAGCUGUCUACAUUUCCUCUAAGUGGAAAUCAGAAUAUUUGAUGGACACAAUGGACGAGAACUCCAUCAGAAGCUCCAAAUAUCAAACAUCAAAUUCUUUGCUAGUGAACAGGAAACAACUGCACAUCAAACAGGAGGUGCUAUCAUCAAUCCCAGAAGAGGGGUACCAAAAGAGAAACCACUUUUUUUAUAGUUCUCUAAAGGAUAAGCAAUCACUGGAAAAGAAAAUGGCCAAAUUCAUUACAACAGGGAAGAAGUCUCUAAUCAAACAAGAAUUAAAUGAGGUGUAUGCAGAUCAUUUGAAGUUGCAGAUAGAGAGGAGAUCAGUGCACCAAGAAAGAGCUUUGAGUUCCUCAAGUUCAUUAGAUGAUAAGGAGUCAGAGGAUAUUGUCAAAAGGUACAAUAUUCUCUACAAUUGUCUUCUAAGAAGUAUUCAAAGAAGCAGAAACAUUGAUGGUUGCUUGCUAGAAUUUAAGAAAAUACUGAGAAAGGAAAAUGAAAUAAAAGCAUCCCAUCAUCAUUCUAUGUAUUUUAUGGCUGAUGGAACUAAUGUGUACACCAACUCAAAGCUUGUGCGAGUAUGUUUUGGCUUGGAAUGGUCAGAGCUUUUGGUUACAUUUGCAAGUUCCUAUGGAAGCUGCUCUUCACCUGUGGUAUCUGUUUCUCAAAUUAAACAGUAUUGUUGUUAUGUAGACACUGAGUAAUGCUUUUC